AUGGCUGGCGCCAUAGGGCGCGCAAGCGCAGGAACGCGCGCGCGUGUAUACAUCGCGAAGUGUGGGAAUGGUGCCCGCAUUGCGCGGGAAAGCUGCGCGUCAUAUAGAGAUAGCUCAUCAGCAUUCCAAAAUGCCUCAUUACCGUUACCAUCUGAGGUGGGACACGAUCCAGAAGUGCUGGUGGUGUUCAUUUUCACAAAGCUGGGGACGUUGUUGAUGCCUCUUUCGUCACUGUUGCCAAGGAAGGCUCGUGCAAUGCAGGAUCUCCACCAGGGAUAUGUUCCAGCGAGAACGACGAAAGCUGAAACACCAAAGAUGAUGGUGAAAGAACUGGCCUCGUUGAGUUCAGCCGGUGCUAGUGCAUCAGGGGUGCUCGGGUCUGCAGCCGAGCUGGAACCGUUCGAGAGAGUGAUGAGUGAGCUGAAGGGGUUGGGCUGCUGGAGCACUGUAUCAUCAAUGAUGGAGGAAACAAGUCAAGUUGAACUGCAUGGCAAAGCAAGCUUUUUGUCUUAUGCAUCCACAGCAUACGUAGACAACAACCUCGUCGGCACUGUAAAUUGUACUGAAGUUAAAAUUGGUGUGGACUCUCGCCAGGCCAUGCCACGGUUGGGAGCAAGAAGGACUUUUAGUGUUCUACAAAUGAUUCAAGGCCUCCAUGACGAGCUUUCCAUGGUUUUUGGCACGUCAUUCUAUAUCAGGAGCAGUUUGGGAAAGGCUCACGGCGAUCAGGUGCAGGUAUCGACACAGUCUGAACUCACUACCUCGUUCGGUUGUACCGGCCCGCACCAUGGUCUAGGCACCCCGGUCCACGCAACUCUCGCAGCUCGGCAUCGGUGGUCGCUCUUAUCCAGGUCGGGACCUAGUGGUGGCUCGGGCGUGGAUCGUUGGCCCUGCUCUGCAGGUGUUGCUAGCAUUCUAUCCCGUUUGCUCCUCAGUACCUGCCGGGUCCGGGGUGGCAUUAUCACAUUUAGUCUGCUUCUUCGGCGCCAAGAGGCUCAAAAAGCCGAGGAGCGCAAAGGAGAAAGGACUGUCGCGACCCAGGUCAUGGGGAAAGUCUCGAUCAGCUGGUCUAACGCCCGACUUCUAGGACUUGCAGCUACCGCAACUACAGAGCAUGCUGUGAUCACCAGACUAAGAGAGGCGGCAGCGGAUUUGCAUACAGAACACGCGUGGAUCUUAGGAUGACUAGUGGGGACACAUACUUGAAACUUUAUCUAACAUAUCGAUCGAUCCCGCGGAACCAAUUUCCACCUGAGCGCCACCUGUGCUCUAGCCCCUGCUCCCGAUCUUUAUGUCUCCUAUUCUCUCCUUUUCGAUCUCAGCCGCCUCUUUCUCUCCUAAGUUUUCUCCUUGUCACGUCUACCAUCGUCAUGGCCUCUGCGUGCUCUUUUCACGGCGUAGUAGGCAUCCAAAAUUCUACUCCUUACACUUUGGAGGCGAGAAAACGGUUUUGGAAGAUGGAUGGCUUUGUGCCUCUCUCUGGCACCCGAAGACGGUACUCAUUUCAUCAACGCUCGCGUGAUUAGCAGCACUGCAGAUGUACAUCGACACAAUAAAGUUCUAGGGUAGAACUCUAUUGCGUCGAUGUAUGUUGGAACGGGCACGGACUGCAAGGGGAACCAAGGCCAAACCUCUA